CCUAGAGGCCAUGUGUGGUACUGAAUAUUUCCUAAACGUGAAAAUACCGAUCCAUCGACGCUUUGUCAACGAAGCAGUUGCCUGUCAGCUCAGUGCUAGAACUGCUUGAAUGUAGGUUGGAACGGACCAUCUGCAUGGGCUAUAUCUCUCAUCAACCCAGCGGCAAGACAAGGAUCCAAGAAUGGUUUUAGUGCAUGUCGGAUAUCUGGUUCUUCCUGUAUUUGGCUCAGUAAGAAAUAGAGUUUCGAGGCUGGCUCUACAUUCUGCAUUUAUCAGAUCUUUGUCGUCCCUCCCAUUGUGUAGCUAAUGAUCAUCUGCUGCUGUGUGGUGUGGCGUGGCCUGGCCUCUGCCUAUUCUCUGCAUUUAGCUGUAUUGAAUCCCUUCUUCAUUUCCUCUUUCCAUCAGAAGACGACAUUGGUGUAUAUAUAACAACAACAAAAAUGUAUCAUUCAACCAUAGAGUAUAUGUGGAAAAACUAAAACAAAUAGCUAACACCUAUAUAAUAACUUUUUGUCUUUGUCAAGUUGUUGUAGAUUUAACACAUUUUUAGCUCUUAAAGAGAAUCAAAUGUAUGUCAUUGUGUACCUCCCAUUCAGUCUUGAUUAUGACAACAGCCUAUUGUAAAUCCCUGUAAAGUGGAUACAUUUUGCAUGGAUUCUAUUUCUGCACUGCUUUACUGAACACCAGAAUUUGGCAAAUUUUCUUUAUUUUUUCCCCAUGGAAAAUGCAUUGUACAAAGGUAGCUAAGUAAUAGUAUCUUUUGCUCCAAUUGGCAUUAUUUUUACAUGUACAAUUACAUGUAAAGCUUAUGCAUUGUCAUAUUUCAUUGAAUAUGAUCACACACACAAUUAUAAUUAUCCUCGUGGUCGUCUGAGUGAUUUCAAAAUAGACAACACAUCAACAUUUUAUAAAUACUGGUACACUUCACCUGUUCCCAACAACCUGUCAUAACCGCCUCCAUUUGUGUAACCCUUUUGUUCCUCUUGAAAAUGAAUAUCUUUGAAACAUUGAAUUAUCAGGCCUUUUGCUCACUAAAGCCAAAACCAAAUCGUAAUGCUAAAAGUGUAGAUGCUCUCACUGGUUGUUCACUUCCCAAUGAGCCUCCCCACUAACAAAAGUACAAAAUGCUAUCCAUUUCACAGGGAUGCUUAUCUCCUGCACUGCUACAGUGAAUCUUCUAGUAGAGUAAUAACGUAUUUUAUUGUUUGGUUGUGGUCUCUCUUUACCUUUUUGUUCUGGUAAUGGUACUUUCAAUGCAUGGUCACAUUAUGAUUCAUAUGAUUUAGUUUUUUUUUACAUUGAAUAGUAAAUUCCAAUGUAAUCUUUCUGUAGUAAAGAUGUACCCUACUGUGCUGUAGCCAACCACAUCUGCUCAUUAGAUGCUGCUUCUGUUCUUAUUAACCCUAUAUGGAGCAUGGUGGGCCUUGCCUUCAGUCAAUGUUGUUUAUUUUUGUUGCAUGGUGUUUAUAUUAUCAUUAUUACAAAAACACAAAUUCCACAAACUAAUAUUUUUCAAUAAAGAAUAUAGUAUUUUUCCUAACCUUCAGUGUGCUUCUUGCUGAUUUCCAUUUAUUGUCUUUAGCCCUCCCCUUGUCCCUACCUUCCCCCUUCCACCCCACCCACCUCUCCCGCUGUGACAAAGAUAGACAAUUUCAAUGCUUUUAUCAUCACAAGGCCUGAAUGAGUCUGUCCCCUGUCAUUCAUGGUGAUUGUACCACUGAGACAAUUGAAAGUGCAGUGUGCCACAGUUGAACCUUGGAUCAAAUUAUUUAACCAUUGUGAUUAGUGACUGGUUAGGAGCUGAAUGUGAGACAAAAUAACCCACCCCAUUCAGAUGUUUCUGAAAGAUCACAGAGCCUUGACUAUUUCACAAGGCAUUUUGUAGCACUGCACCUUCAAGUCUACUCCAACUUAAUGACCCAAAUGCAAUGUAGACUUUGCCUUUUUCUCAAUUGUAGGGCUUUCACCUGUUUUCAUCUGAAUGUGUUAUCCACUCUACCACCAACACUCGCAUGUUCUUCGUGUUAGAAAAGGUGAAGGUGACUUUCACAAAGGCCUGUACAUAGAUCCGUCCCACAAUGUUUGUGCUAGGCUGCGUAUAGCUCAGUGGAUAGAUUCAGUUUACAUUUGUUUGAUGUUCUUAUUCCAGGACUUCUCAUGCUGCCCGAGUCCAAAAUGCAUUUACCGCAAUGGAAAUGUCACUGACUACGAAACAUCAUCCUAUAAAUUGUGUUCUCCCCUUUCAAACAUAUUUUGUCAUAUUGCCAUCAAUGUCACAAUGCAGCCUAGGCCACCUUCAUACUAAUUGCAAACCAUUCCCAUUACUAUCAAUUAUCAAUGUUAUUUCCAUUAGAAUUGUCAGCCCUAUAUAGUAUGGAGACAGUGUACUGAAACUGUAGUGCACUGUACUAGUCUCUGAUUCAACAGCAGCCUGUUCUCUUCAGCUGCCAAAUAGCUGUGGUUAGAAGAGGGGAAAGUACUGUCAAGCUAUUUCCUCUGCACCAACAAAUCUACGCAUGGGGAAAAGUUUGGGUAGCAGUGUGUGUCAGUGAGAGUAAGAUACAGGCCUAGGCAGUAUUUUAAUUGAUUUCUUGAAGGAGAUCGACACAUGUUGUAGGCUUUAUGUAGCCUUGACUCGUGCUCAUAGAUAUUACACAUCUUGGCAUUUGCUGUUAGAUAUUUCUGGGUAGUGAUGUAUAAACAGACACAUCAUUGAUGUUGUGCUAUAUAAUGUUACCCACAGUUCAGCAAGGGAAACAGUUAUCAGAAAAAGGACACACUCACAGCAAUGCUAUCACAUUGUUAAAAUCCUCAGUGAUUUAUAAAGAAUGAACCGUUUGUGUCAUAAAAAAAUAAACAUCUUAGGAAUAGAUGUUAUGCCUUUUGUCCCACUGUGGAUCAAUGAUGUCAUUCAUGUGAAUGUCACACUGUAGAUCUUGAAGUUGGAGAACAUUUCUGGCAGCACUUCUAUCAAAGGGAUUCAAGGUCAUUCAGAUAUGUUACCGGUACCCCUAGAUUUUAAAACUAGAUUAAUUUGAAAAGCACUCUGUUACACAAUUUAAAUGCACAAUCCUGGGCACGCACAAUGCCGAAGAGUCAGAUGUCCAGAGGUGAGAAUCCAACCAGAAGGUCACAUGAUGCCAUAAUAGACCAUGUUUGGAAGUAUUAACAUUUUCCAUGCAGGUUUGAAUGUGUUACUUCACCAUAUCUCCCUAUCUAUCCCCUGAUGUAAGUUUCACCAUAGGUAAGAGUUAGGGCUUUUGUAAAGAUCCUCCUACAGAAACACAAUUACAUCACACAAACACACACUCCAUGUCACAUACACAAUAAAUUCUAACCUACCGUUUCUCUCUCAGGUGUCUGACUCCCUCUCAUUGUUUCCACAGGAUCCCACUUUAACCGGCAGCAGCAGCAUAGCCAUGCUACCUCUUGCCGGCACUUCCAGCUAGGCCCCCAGGCCCAGCUGCCCAUUGACUUCCCAAUGCCCCACCCAGGUCAGCCCCAGUCGGGCAUCAACCCCCACCUGGCUCCCCCUAGCCAUCAGCAUUCUCCCCAGCUCCACCCGCCCCUCAACCCCCUACCCCCCACACCCCAGUUCCAGGACAUUUCUGCCCCCCCUUUCCUACCUCAGGCCUUACACCAGCAGUACCUCCUCCAGCAGCAGAUCCUAGAGACCCAGCACCGGCGCAUCAUGCCACCUUCCAGCAGACACCAGCCCCACAGACUGCGGCCGGGUUACGAGUUUGCUCCCGCCCUCCACAUCCCCCCACAGCCUGCGGCCCAGCAGCCUCGCUACCUGGCUGAAGGCACAGACUGGGAUUUGAGUGUGGACGCGGGGCUCCCUCCUCCUCAGUACCACGUCCGCCCACUGCCCCAGCACUACCAUCACUACCUGACAUCUCCCAGGAUGCAUCACUUCCCCAGGAACAAUGCCUCCACCCAAGUGGUUGUCCAUGAGAUCAGAAACUACCCGUAUCCUCAGUUACACCUGCUGGCUCUGCAGGGCCUCAACCCCUCCCGCCACGCAUCAGCUGUGAGAGAGAGCUAUGAGGAGCUACUGCAGCUGGAGGACAGGUUGGGCAGUGUGAACCGAGGGGCUGUCCAGACCACUAUUGAAAGGUUUACCUACCCUCACAAAUACAAGAAGAGGAUACCUCAGGACCUGAAGCUUGGGCUGGUGGAUGAGGAACUGGAUACAGAUGAGAAGUGUACCAUCUGUCUAUCAAUGCUGGAGGAUGGAGAGGAUGUCAGGAGAUUACCCUGCAUGCACCUCUUCCACCAGGCGUGUGUGGACCAGUGGCUGGCCACCAGUAGGAAAUGCCCCAUAUGCAGGGUGGACAUUGAGACCCAGCUGGCACCAGACAGCUGAUGUCUCCUUUCCCUGCCCCCAUCUUGUAAAACCCCACCUCAUCCCUAGGGGGAGCUCUGCCAAACGUCCCCCUUCCCAUCUGCAUCACAUAUGAGCCUGCCUUCUGAGCCAGCUGAGGAAGACAAUGAGCGGGAGGGGAGGUGAGAGGGAUUAAAAAAGCACACUGAUCCAAACAAUAGAGAAACAAAAGAGGCCGAUGGAUGGAUGAAGAAGAGAGGCAGAAGGGUGCCAGAAUGUAUGAACAGAUUUGCAGGGCGUUGAGUCUCCAUCAGGGUUUUGCACCGUAGCAUUAGCUUCUCCAUACACUCAGAGAUGAGAUCCUCCAUUAAACCACCUAGCGAGCGUGUGUGUUGUGUUGUUGGGUUUGUAUAUGUGUACUGGUCUCACUCCCUCUUGAUGAAACCCAAAAUACUGAGCUCUAACUACAGCACAUCUGUGCGAAACAUGACAAGAAAUGAAAUCAGCAGUGGGAUGUUUCUUGAAAUGAGCUUCUGUGGCCUAAUACAUAUGGUGUUAUGGAGUGUAGUAGUCUUGUUAUUGAUCACCAGUAUUUAACAGGGUGACAGUGUGGUGUAGCAAGCAAAAAUCCCACUUUAAGAAAUAAGGUGGGAAAAAAUACAAAAUGGGGAAAUAGUCUUCUUUAAAAGAGGGUAAUAGGCAUACAGGCAGCCUUUAGGCAAUGAGGAAGUGCUAGCUAUGUACAAAGGCCAAUCAAUAGGUGGAUUUCCAGUACAGUAGAUCUCUGCUAUCACAGUGGAUGCUAGAGAUGCUAACCAGGCAUGGCUUCAGUGGUUUGUAUUGUGCUGUAUUGGGGCCUCUAUACUCUAGAACUGAGGCCCCAGAUAUGCAUGCUGUAUGGCAGGCUUGGGCUGUCUUGUGAUUGUGGAGCAAUAGGAAGUCUGUGCAGGAUAACGUUUAUUGUCAUGAGUCUUGUCCUGGAGGCAGAACUCCGCUAGACGGAACAGCUGCAAAGUCAGAAUUGGCUACAUUGUAAAAAUUAAUUCAAACAAUUUUAGGUUAGGGUUAGCAGUGUGGUUAGGUUUAAAAUCAUUUAUAUGACUUUGUGGCUGUGCCAGCUAGUGACCACUCUGCAGAGCGGCCUCCAGAACAAGAUUCAUACCGGGGGAAAAACGGAAAAGUCUGCAGUAUCUCAUGGUCCCCCAUGAUGGUAGUCAUAUGGUAUUGCUAGAGGAACUGUAAACUGUUCAGUGAUGGAAGCUGUUUUCCCUAUAUCGUGCAUGAAUCAUGUUGGUGUAGUUCACUUGAAAGAGGGUAAAGGGAGAAAAAGCCAUUUAUUUAAAAAUACCAAACAAUUAUUCUUAGUAUUUAUAUUUAUUUGAUUUGUUAUUAGUCCUUUCUUCAUUUCAGUUUUCUUUCUAACAAUUUGUUUUGAGCACUCAUGCUAAUUUGGACAUUGGACCAAGUCCUUGUCCAUGUCUUACCAUUUUGAAGAAAUGGCUGCAAUGCUGCAGAAAACAUUUAGUGUUGCAAUAAUCUAGCUUGUUUUGCUAAUGCACUAUGGCGUUGUCUGAAAUAGAUUUGGUGGUGUUUGGUCUCCUUGUUCUAGCUUAGCUUGUGUUCGGUUACAUGUAUCUUCAUGCUUCCUUGUGUUCUCUUGGUGGUUGACUUGACUGUGUGCUGUGUUUUUUACUUCCCUUUGUACAAUCCCUUCCAUCCAAACAAACUACAGACAGACAAGGAGGGUUGCUACUUCACAUAGGAGGCUCUGAGUUGAAAUGCCUUAAGUAUUUCACAAUCAUUUGGAGUGGCAUAUUUCAUGUAUUUUCUCUCAUGAUUCCGUAAUUGAAUAGAUCUAUUUAUCUAGAAUUAACACAAGAUGUUGGGGGGGAUACCUCAUUAUGCAUAGGUUGGUGGGGAUGCUUUUCAUGCAAGUUGUGUUUUUCAGAAGAAGAAUUGUCAUUUGGAAGGGUGACAAGGUGUAACGGGCUCUGUCUAUAGCCAACGUGGUGCUGUUGAUCUUCAUUCCAUUCCAUUCAAUUUAGAAGAUUCCCACACUCUGCUUUAAUCUAGUGAACAGACUGACCAGGUGCAAAUGUUUCAGCAUGUAAACCUCGGUCAUUGCACUCCUAGCAUGGCUAAACCCCUUCACUGGCAUAGAGGAAAUAUGAUACUUUUAUUUUUCAUAUUUAUCCCGGAUCAUUACCACUUUCACAGUUUGUUUGACCUCGGUUGUAUAUCACCAUAUUAUAUCUGGAUAUUGGGUGUCUCCAUUCAGAGCAUACGUUCCUCUGUCCAGCUAUGUUAACUCUUCCCAUAUGAAUUAAUAACUGCAUUAUUAGGUACUUUGUAUUGCUGGCAAAUGCUGUGUUUGUGUGGUUAGGUUAGGAAGGUGGCUAACAUGAUAAACUUGAGCUAUUGAUCUUGUGUUUUUCUGGUGUGAUACUCUAGGUAGUAGUUUUACACCUGGGUAUAAUUAGCCAACCACCUGUUUUCUGUGUGCUUUUUCUUAAUAAUAACAAUGUAUUCAUCUUACAUAUAUCUCAUUGGAAUGAAGCUGACUGGUCUUAUUUUAAUUUUUCCUGCUGUCACUGUCUUUAUCCCAUGUCUACUUCCUGGUCAGGUCACAUGGUCUGGAAAAAACUCCUGGCCUUACGGUUGUCACUAGUUACCACAGCCACAAAGUCCAAACGGCUUUAUAAUAAAAAUGUAUGAAAACAAAAAUUAUAUUUUUGGUAUUAAUUUAAGGUUUGGCAUAAGGUUAGCAGUGUGGACCGGGUAAAGUUUAGAAUCACAUUUUAAAAGAUCAAUUGUAGAAACAGGAAAAAGUCUCUGCACACUUCCAGUCAGAUGCAAAUGUAUUUUAAUUUUAGCUGAACUUUCGGUCAGUCGACCAUCAUCAGGACAUGAGAAAUUGUAGAAGUAGACAGAGUUUUUAUGACUUUGGAUGUGGUAAAUAGUGACAACCUGGCCUUACCUUUGUCCUCUGCAGACCGUAUACUGGGUUGUUACUGCAGAGGAAAACUGUAUAGUAUAAUAACUCAAGCUGGUGAAGGGGAAUGAACAGUAGAAUCCUAAAGCACAAGCUUUCUAAUGCAUGUCCUCCUCAGGUUUUCAUAUGUGCACAUGGGUGAAGCUGUAGACGUGUUUAAUAUGAGGCUGUACCUUCUUGAAUAUUACAGAUAUGUUUCUUUGCUGCUGAUAAACUGUUGUUUAAACUAACCUGCCAGUGAUUUAAAGGGAAGUGGCCAUCUUUGUACAACACACUGCUGUUUUGCUGUAACUGCGCAAUGUGUUAUGAGCUGGAGUAUUUUAUAGACACUAGAAGUAUUUACCAAUAAUAUGAAAAGCAAUAGCUACAUUUUAAUGAAGAAUAACAUGGAUCAGUGAAUGUUGUGGAAAAUCUUUAGGUUCACUUUUGAUGGAUUUUGUACUGUAUUUAUUACUAAUGAGGAUGCAAAAACUUGCAUAGCUUAACCCAAACUGUUCUGUCUCCUGUUUUAUUUAUUGUCUGAUUGUAUAUGAUCUUUUUCUAUGUGUUUUUCAAAUAAACUCCCUAAAAUGCUGAAAA